AUGGCCGUGCUGGAGGGCGGGGUGCGCCACGUGCUGCCCGUGCGCGGGCUCGCCGGGCGGCCGUGCGGGCUGGUGCCGAUCGACGGGCCGUGCAGGGCCUCGACGGCGGGCCUCCGGUGGGACGUCCAGGACGCCGAGCUCCGCUUCGGCGCCCUGGUCUCCACGUCCAACGCGGUGGAGGGGGCGGAGGUCGAGGUCUACGCCACGGGGCCCUUGCUCUGGACCCUGGCGCUGGAGGAGUGA